AGAUAUGAACAACAUCUCAUGCAAAAAAGUGGCUAACAACAAAUUAGUUUUUUUUAAAAAAAAAUUUAUUUUAAAAAUCAAAUUACCCCACCAUUUUGUUGGCAUAUUGGUAAACGAGUCCCUUUAUAAAUCUCAUCUUGAACAACACUCAAUAACACCCCUCUCUCAUAAACACCAAAAAAUUAAUAAUAUGGUUAGCCUCUCACACCCUAAAAGCCCUCUCUCUUCUAUUCACAUUUUCUCUAACAACAUGAACAAAUCAUCAUCACCUUCAUCUUCUUCAAAUUCUACCACUUCAUCUUCUCUUACAACUAUGAAGGUCAAAACCCUAAUCCACAACCUAAUUUUCUCCCACAUUUGUCGCGUUAUUCGAGCACUCUCCAAGGCCAAAUCCAUCUUCCUAGAGAUUUUCCGGGAGAAUCAACUCAUGUACUUGAAACAAACCAAGAAGAAGAACAAGUAUAGGAAGAAAAUACUAUUUGGCUCAUUUAGACUUCAUUACAAUUGGUGUUCUUCUUCGGCUCACGUAUUGCCUAUCCCUUCACCCACCAUACUAGAGGGUGUCAACACCCCUACUAGCCAUAUCUACUAUGAUUCUACGUGGAACUCGGUCUACUCCACCGACAACGAAACUCGUGAUCUUCAUAAGGAAGGUGAUGAUCAAGUUUGUAAGAGUAAUGGUAUUAAGGUACAUGAAGAGGAAGGUCAGCUCUCAAGUUAUCUUCAAUGGUUAGAAGAAAAAGGUGGUAAAAAUGAGAAGUUAAAAGAAGGGGAUCAAUUAGAAAAUGUUGAGAAUGAAAUAGAUAAACUUGCUGAUUUGUUUAUAGCAAAUUGUCAUGAGAAAUUCAGGUUGGAGAAGAUUGAAUCUUACAGAAGAUACCAAGAAUUGAUUGCUAGAACUUUGUAAAACUCUCAAAAAAAAAAAUGCAAAAUAAGAUACAAAAAAAGGUGGUGAAUUAAGAGCUUAAUUAAUUAUUAAGAAAUUUUAAUUAGUUAGUUAAUUAGCUUAGUUAGAUAUCUUAUUUUAUUUUUAUUAUUUUUUACUUUUUUUUUGUGCUAUUAGCUAUGGAAAGAAGUAGGGGAGAAAAUCAAGUAAGAUUGGGGAGUGGGUGAUUGUGAAAGUGAUUUUCUUGAAUAUAAUAGUUAGCUUAAUUAAAAAUAUUGGUAUGUAUGUCGACCUCUCUUUUUCUUUUCUUUUCUUUUUUUUUUCUUUUUAUUUUGUUUCUGCUAAAUAAUUUUAAUUUAACUGUAUGAAAAAGAAUGUACAUAUGGGGAAUUGUACAUUAAGGGAUUAUGAAGAUGAUAAUGUACUGUAUUUUGGAGAUUAUAAAAAAAUUGUAAAAUUUCA